CGUUUUUCAAGGCUGGGUUGGGGUUAACUUGAAAAUAAUAAAGCAAAUACUUUGCUUAGAAAUGGCUGCAUUUGUUAAUGUCGAUCGCGUAUAACACAUACAAAAACGUUCUACAUAGCAUACUGCACACUAAACGAUACUUUCGUAUUUGUAUAAUCGUGUAAUUUAGUAUUUACCCUUCUGCAUGCAACUGUCAACCCUUAUAAAAACUAUGCAUCCCCGCCUGGAUAAAAAUGAAUUAUUAAUCAAAUCAAAGAGCGCUUUAUAUGGUAAUGGUAAUGAGGUUCCUUCAAUCUAACGUCAGACUAUUUGAUAUGUGCUGCAGACGUUGCAUAAACCACCAACGAAGAGGUACAACAUUCUCAAUCUACUGCACAAUAUUAAUAAGACUGUUCUGACUUCCAUGAUGUUGGGUACGUUGGUUCUGAGUUUGAUGCUCCUCAGCCGCAUCACUGCGAACUGGCCGGAUGGGAGCAAAGACGCAACACGAGCAAAUAUGGGAUUCUACACACUGAAUAUGACAUGCAACGACGCGGGAACCGAAUGCGAAGCAUGCUACCGAGCACGCGCAGAGGGGCUGGUGUAUCUACACACUGUUGAAUAUACAGAGGGGCCGGCCAAGUUUGAAUUUCGAGGAUCGGCAGCAUCACGUGACUGGAAACAGUUUGUUGUUCAAGAUGAUCCAACAGAGCCCUUCCGUUACUGCAUGCAGCAAGACGAGAUACAAGACUUGGACUACGGGGGCGAUACUUGGAGGUUCUCCAUCUGCAUGGACAACAACUUCUCUGGUAUCUCGGUCCCAGCUGAAUGCGUGAAACCCUUGGCUGUUGUCUCCAUGGUUAGCCUGCGCACAGAUAACGAAGCGCACGGCGAGCAGACGCUGUACUGCGCAGCCUAAACGAUUGAGC